AUGCUCCCCUACGUCUCUCGCCAUCCCCUCACAGGCUCCCUCCUCCGCUCGCUCCGCCACCACCUAAAACCCGCCCAAAACACUAACGCCCCCAUAGCCGGGUCCUUACAGGGCGGCGGCCUUUUCCGUCGUUCAUUCUCCGGCCCAUCAUCUUCCUCCUCCGGAGGCGGCGGCGGCGCCGAGGGAUGGGCGGCGGAGGAGGUUGUGGAGUACCUGAACGAGGGCGGCGAGGUGAUCUGCUCCGGCAAGGGUUUCAUCCGCCCCGUCAAUCCAGGGAAGGACUCGCACUUCCUCGUUGGUGACCGCCCCACGCCGCUCUCCGACGGUGCCGCCGUCGCCAAGAUCCUCGAGGUCGUCCGGCGAUGGCGAUGGGGCCCCGACAUGGAGUCCAACCUCAGUCGUCUCCAGUUCGUCCCCUCGCCUCUGCAACUCUCCCGCGCUAUCUCCCACCUCCUCCGAUCGUCUCCUUCUUCUUCUUCUUCCUCCUCCGGCGACGCAGAGGCGGCGCUUGGGCUCCUCCGGUGGGCGCGCCGGCAGCCUUGGUACGCCCCCGACGAUGGCUCUUACUCCCUGCUCCUCGACCGCCUCAACUCCUCCGGCGACUUCGAUGGCGUGCAAGCGCUCUUCGACGACCUCAUGGCGGAGAGCGGCGGCGGCGCCGCCUCCUUCUCCGGCGCCGGUAACAGGGCCAUCCAGUACCUGGCCCGAGCGGGCCGCCUGGAGGUCUCCUUCCACUGCUUCAAGAACCUGCUCGCCGGCGGCGCUGCCGUCGAGACCCAGACCUUCAACGCCCUCAUUACCCUCUUCCUCUCCAAGGGGCUCCCCUACAAGGCUUUCGAGAUCUACGAAUCCAUGGGGGAAUCCUCCGCCGCCCUCGAUGGCGCAACCUACAACCUCCUGGUUCCUGCUCUAGCCCGCUCCGGCCGCCUCGACGCCGCCCUCAAGCUCUACCACGAGAUGAAGACCGGCGGCGGCGCCGGUCUCCGGCCGAGCUUGCAGACCUUCAGCUCCCUGGUGGAUUCUCUGGGCAAGUCCGGGAGGCUGGAGCUCGCCCUGCAAGUGUACUGCGACAUGCAGGCCGACGGUCACCGCCCCUCUGCCGCCACCUUCGGCUCCAUGAUCGAGUCCUUCGUGAAGGCCGGGAAGCUGGACGCCGCAGUGAAGCUCUGGGAGGAGAUGAAGACGACGGGCUUUCGCCCUAAUUUCGCCCUCUUCACCGCCAUGGUGGAGGCCCAUGCAAGGUCCGGCCGGCUUGGUGGUGCCGCUGCCCUCUUCGCUGAGAUGGAAAAGGCGGGCUUUUUGCCGACGCCGGCGACCUACGCGUCCCUCAUCGAGACCCAUGCCGCCGCCGGCGAGGUCGACGCCGCCAUGAAGCUCUAUACCUCCAUGGCCGGUGCAGGGAUGAGACCUGGUCUGAGCACCUACAGCGCCCUACUGUCGUUACUGUCGAGCAAGAAGCUUCCGGACAUGGCCGGGAAGAUCCUGCUGGAGAUGAAGGCAGCAGGUUUUCCGGCGGAUGUUGCCGCCAGCGAUGUGCUCAUGGGGUUCAUCAGAGGCGGCACCACCGAGCUCGCCCUCCAGUGGCUGCAAUUCAUGGGCUCUGCUGGCGUCAGGACCAACAAUUUCAUCGUCCGGCAGUUGUUCGAGUCCUGCAUGCGGGCAGCACUGUACGGUGCUGCCCGCCCCCUGCUUGAAGCCUAUGUUGGCGGCGCCGCCAAGGUUGACCUCAUCCUCUACACCUCCAUCCUUGCCCACCUGGUACGCUGCAAGGAAGAAGGCGACGAGCGCCGCCUGAUGGGCAUCCUCGCCACCACCGGCCACCCUGCGCACCACUUCCUCUGUGAACUCUUCUCUGGCCCCGAGCGGCGGGGGAAGCCGGUGCUCGCCCUGGUCAGAGAAUUCUUCCAUGGAUUGGACAUGGAGCUUGAGGAAGGCGCUGCCAGGUACUUCGUCAACGUGUUGCUGAAUUACCUGGUUCUGAUGGGGCAGAUGAACAGGGCCCGAUGUGUGUGGAAGGUGGCUUAUGAGAGCAAGCUCUUCCCCAAGGCCAUUGUCUUUGACCAACACAUCGCCUGGUCAUUGGAUGUACGGAGUCUUUCUGUUGGGGCAGCACUGGCGGCGACAGCGCACACACUGCACCGCUUCCGGAAGAGGAUGCUCUACUACGGGGUGGUGCCGAGGAGGAUCAAGCUGGUGACAGGGCCGUCGUUGAGGAUGGCGGUGGCAGCGACACUGGCGGCACUGGAGUCGCCAUUUGAGGUAGGCCGGGUGGUGCUCAGGGCUCCCGGGGAGUUGGUGCUUGACUGGUUCAAGAGGCCCAUCGUGCAGCAAUUCUUGGUCAACGAGAUCCCCUCCAAGGCCGAUGUCCUCCUGCACCGCCUGGAUGUGCUCUUCCCCAGUUCUUCGCCAGAGAUCAGGUCAACCCUCUCCCCUCCAAAGAAGAGGCCCUCCUCCUCCUCCUCUAUGAAAAACUCAUCAUUCUGA